CCGUCAAAGUAUCCUAUCCCGCACACCGCACCUCUCAGCGUCGCUCCGCUUUACGUCUCCGUGGCAAAGUCACCCUUGCCCACGCCGCGCAAAAGUAGCCCCGCCCCACACGUCGCCCCGCCCCGCUUCCCUCAGCUGUGUGUCUCCUUGGGCCCCGCCCACCCCCUGCUCACGGCCUCGCCGCGUUUGUCUUCUUGCCCACGUCUCCCCGCAAAGGUCUCCCCAUCUGGCUUUGCCCCGCCCCACGUCUCCUUGUCACCGUCGCCCCGCCUUGCGUCGCCAUUUGUCCGCAGUCGCUGAGCAAACAUGUGGGCCGCUCUCAGGUGGCGGCCGGGGCACCAUCUGGGGCUCCUGAGUGGUGUCCGAGGUCUGCACAGCUCGCCUGUGUCCUGUGGCAAGAACCUGCUCAAGAAAUUUGCUUCGAAAACCAAGAAGAAGUUCUGGUAUGAAGGGCCUUCCUUGGGCUCUCACUUGACCCACAAGUCAUCCCAGUUGGAGUUCCUGACGAAGUGCACCUCUCGGAGAACCCGGAAGGAAGACCAGGUGCGCCUGAGGGCCCUGAACGGUCUCCUCUACAAAGCGCUCACAGACAUGCUCUGCACCCCUGAAGUGAACCAGGAGUUGUGUGACCUGAACGUGGAGCUCUGCAAGGUCUCUCUGACUUCAGACUUCUCCGCCUGCCGUGUCUUCUGGAGGACGACCCUCUCUGAGGCUCAGAACGCACACACGGAGGCCGUCCUGCGGAGAAGUGCUGCGCACAUGAGGCAUCUUCUGAUGUCUCAGCAGACCCUGAGGAACGUGCCGCCCAUAGUGUUUAUUCAGGACAAAAGAUAUGCAGCUGUGAUGGAGAUUGAUCGGCUACUGGCAAUUGCUGAUUUUGGACCCCGGGAUGAAAAAGAAGACUUUGUGCAAAGUGACUUCAGCGACCCCGAGACCCUGGAUGUGGCUUUGCCAAGUGACACCCUGGGCCCUGCUGCACACUUCAACCUGUGUGGGAUUGACCACGAGGCACUCAACAAGCAGAUCCUGGAGUACAAGAGGAGGAGAGAGCAAGGGCGCGGGAGUGCGGGGCACCUGUGGCCAGAGCACAUGGCUGACCUGACGAAGCAGAGGAGGAGGAGGAAGGCCAAGCCCCAUGUGGACAACGACCUCUCUCCCAAGAACUGUCUGCAGGGUGGGGAGUGACAAGCCCCUGGACGACCGAGGGGCCUCCUGAGGAGCGCGCCCCAAGCCCGCAGAUCUGUGGCUGCUGUGCUCCCCUGGUCUUCCUGGACACGCGGACACUCGAGUCCUGGGAUGCACAGGUGGCCUCUGUUCACAGAUGCACUGGUUUGCCUGCUUCAUUCACCUUGGACUGUAAACGGCUGUCUUCUCUGCAGUUGGGUUAGCCCCACAUUAGUGCCUUUUGAUGGAGAUGUCAGUCCUGGCCCUGAGUUGCUGACGAGUUCUUCUGAGUGUGAGAUUCUGUGCUGUGACUUCCAAAGAGAAUGCAUGUCUUAGAUGAGCCUCAUUAGGAAAUAAUCAUUGAGUCUGACACAGAGAAAGUGUCCUAAAUUUGGGGCAUCUCGACUCACCAGGUGUCAGCCUUGAAGUACUGAAAAUGCUGAAAAUACUGAAAAUACCAACCCAGUUCAGACGAUUGGAGAAGGAUUCCUGCUGAGAUACAGCAGGGAUGUUUGUAGCAUGGCUUUCAGGGCGUGUGAUCCCCCUUCUUGUAACCUGUCUUGGGAAGGUUGCCUGUGUCCCAGCAGCAGUGGCAUGGCCUGGAUGCUCUGUUCCCUGUCAGCACCUGGGACGAGGUGCAGUGCCCGGCAGGGAUGCAGCCCCCGCUGGAGGGACAGCAAGCGUCCUGGGACACAGGCCAGCCAUGUGGGUACCCGCUCUGGGCACAUGGCUGUGGGGGUGGUGCGUGUGUGACGCUGCCCUGGAGGGGUGCAGGUACCUGUGUGGGUGUUUCCUUAGGAAUUUGGGUGCUCACACAGCCUCUUCUCCAGAGCAGAGAUGUCCAGAGCGAGUACUGGCCAGUGUGAGAAUGUGCACUGGACCUGCUCUAACGAGCGGUGAGGUGGCAGACUUGGGAGCGCCCGCCUUGAAGGACUGUGGGUGCCUCUGGGGUGUUUCUGGUGCUCCUGUGUUGCCAGGCUGGAACCAGAGCUCACACACGUGCCCUUGGAGGCUGGAGAAAUGCCGUCUUAGUUCUACCUGAAAGUUCAUGGUGCUGCUGUAGCCUUCAUGUUGAAGUUGAAGGAAAGCUGUGUCUUCUGCUGUAGCUUCUGUUGGGAGGAAGCCCUGCCCUGCAGCAGAGAUAGCCCCAAACUGGCCACGACCAGCAGGAUGGCAGCAAGUUUCCCUAGACCUCAAGGCACCUUCCCUUUGUAGUCCUCCCAUCUCUCACACUCAGACACAUUCAGACACACACUCAGCACAGUGUCUCAGUGAGAGUGUGCACACACACACACACCCCUCCUCUUUGUAGCCCACCCAACUCUCACACACAUACACUCAGUGCAUUGUCUCAGUGCAAGGCUCUUGGUAGCCUUCCUGCCGCUGGGCCCUGCUUCCUGAAGCUCUGAGUCUUGGUGAGAGGAAUCUUGCUGUUUUCUCUCCUAGAACAGCCGUGUAUGGUGUCACGACUAAUUCUGUGCCCCAGGUGCAGAGGGCAGAAGGGAGGUGCUGUCAUGUUCCCCGGGGAUGGCAGCUCCGGGCUCCUUUAGCAACAUCCCAGCAGCAGCAGCCUGGACUCCACUUCUUUCCCUGAGAAAACUCAGCUCAGUCUAACCAGGAGCUUUGCUGGACAUGCUGUGUGAGCAGCAGCUCCGAGUCAACCCUUCAGUGUCUCACUUUACCCUCUGGAGUGCACGCAGGUAGUCUCACCAGUGUUUGAAGACCUCAGAGUUUUCAGUAGCUGAAGGUAAAACUUGCACCCUACACUAUUUCAUUUAGCUCUACAAUCGGUUCCCAGUUUUCUAGAAUGCAGGUCCUUGCUGCAUUGUUUUCAUUUUCAGACUGACUUAUGCAUAGCACCUUUCAACAUGAACUGUGACAUUAUUAGAUCCAGCUUAUUAAAGUAAGCUGCUCUGCAAAGAAUAUGUACAGAAGGAACUCUGAAAUGUUCAAUAAAGCCUCUUCACUCAGCCCCGAACAUAAAA